AUGAUCGUGUUUCCUGAGGAUUGCGACCGAGAUCUCAAGAGGAAGGAGAUGAUGGCGUCGUCAGAGUCGGGUGACGGCGCCCUCAACAAGGAGCGUGAUAGCUUGCUCAAGGAGGGUGAAAUUCUGAAGCUGCGGAAGGAGUUCUGGGAGGAGGAGGAGCUGUGGAAGGAUGGCCUUGUCCCAGGGGCGCUGGAUCGCUGGCUGGAGAGCGAGAGCAAGAACAAGACCACGCAGGUGCCCCAAAAAAAGAGGAAGGUGGUCAGGAUAGCUGUGCCCGAUGCUUACAUCCAUUUCAUCAUGGAAAAUCCCACCUUGAUGAGAUGGCCGAAUGUCCCGAGGAUCAACGCCAGAUGUAUGCCAUUCAGAAGCUCAUCAAUGCUAAGAACCGCGCGUAUCAGAAAGCCCUCAUUGAUCAGUACAAGACUUUUGGCUUUGCCUAUGACGAAAAGGAGGUCACAGAUGAUGACUGACGAAAAGGAGAAGAACUAG